AUGACUGAAGGAUGUUUGGCAUGCAACAAAACAAUAUUUGACACUCAACAAAAAUCAAUUAGCAGACAAGUCGCCCCUCCCCCAUGUGUAUAUUCAGACCUUGUACCAUGGGAGAUACCGCAUAAGGUCGCCAGUGAGUUCUUGCACAGAUAUAAACGCAGCAAUCCCCGAUGUAACACGGAUGAACCAUAUUGUGAGAGAAACAAAGUCAGCUGUAUGCAACACAACGAGAAUUCCAGAGAACAUUUCUGUGGUUUGAGUAAUCCUUGUACCUCGGGUCAGACAUGUUACCUCUCAACACCAUGUCCUGUACAUUACAGAACUGGAUGCACAAAUAACGCGUGUUAUGGACAACCAUGUCAACAUGGAGGUACCUGUACCACAGACUCCAGCGCCAAGGGGUACAGUUGUCGAUGUGUCCGGGGAUAUGACCCGGCUACGGAUUGCCGAACACAGAUAAACUAUUGCCUAAGCAACCCGUGUCAGAAUGGCGCUACCUGUAAUCCGAGACUGAAUGGUUAUACGUGUGCGUGUAAGCCUGGCUACAAUGGUGUCCUCUGUGAACAUGAUAUAGAUGAGUGUGCGAGCUCGCCAUGCAUUCACGGUACCUGCAUUGAUCACGUGAACAAAUAUACCUGUAGCUGUGAGCCUGGCUACACUGGAACAAACUGUCAAAUAGACAUCAACGAGUGUCAGAGUUCACCUUGUGUAUACGGAAACUGUACGGAUCGUGUCAAUAUGUAUAUUUGUCAUUGUCAACCUGGAUAUACGGGGAUCAACUGUGAAACAGAGAUUGACGAAUGCGCCAGUUCUCCCUGUAUACAUGGAAAUUGUGUGGAUGAAAUCGCUAAAUAUGAAUGUACCUGUGAAGUGUUUUAUAUCGGAAUCUAUUGUGAGAAAGUGAACAUGACGUACAUGAUUACACUGGUGGUCGGAUUAGUAGGAAUCUUUGCAACUGUCCUCGGUUUGCUCGUUAUGUGGAGUAAAAAGAGAAAACAAAGGGAUUCAAUCGCUCCUUUCCCAUUUGAAAACGUAAAUCUUGGACAGACCAAAUCACAGUUUCAGCGAAAUACUGUCCAAAUGGUUCACACUAUCCAGAAACCAGUUCCAUUUACGUUAGUAGAUAGAGAUCUUGGGCAGUCAAAACCUACGUUCCACAUCAGCUCUUGAAAAAUGACAUGUUUUUGUUUUCUAGCAAUGAACUACAGAUAUAUUAUUGCACUCAUAAUUAUACUACAUGUAUUUAUAUGGUAAAUGAACUUAUGAGAAAUGUAUAGCCACUAGCCAGGAGAAGGGAAUGUAUAUACAGUACUUCUUUUCAUCCGGCAUACUUGUAUACUUGACAAUGGGAUACAUUGUUCACAGUAUGGCACAAGUUAUUUCCCUUUUUCUUUUAUUAUAUGUAUGUGUCCAGUAUGUAAUAUUUCGCAGUCCUCGACAUCUUUAGAUCAGGUUGAGGAUGGUUUUAGCAUGUUAGCAAUUCUUCAUUAUUACUUUUUAUUAAUAUUUUCGACGACCCAAAACACAAUGAAUAUAUCAGAAAUUGCACAUGCAACCAACGCAUUUGAUUAUUAACUAGUAAUUUAAUCCUUGCACACUGCGAACAAAAAUAUGUACAUCAGGUGUCAUUGAACUGAAUAUGUUAAUCAUACAUCGAAUCCGUAUCUCUAAUGUAAUUUUUCUGUUGAAAUCGUUUUUCUAACGUACGCGAGUGUUCCAAUCUUUUGAAAAUCAAUGUUUGUGUAAAUCAUCUUAACCGAAAGUACACAAAAAUCAUCAUGCACGUAGCAUGAGAGAGAAAAGGGGGUGCCCUUUUCCCGACCAUAUACAUGUACUUUUUCUGUUAUCGUGCUAAGUUGGGUUAUUUUAACAAGCAAAGUUUCAUCUGUAGGUUGCCCCCUUUUUAGCUCACCUGAACCGAAGGUUCAAGUGAGCUUUUCUGAUCACUUUUUGUCCGUCGUCUGUCUGUCCGUCUGUCUGUCUGUUAAACUUUUCACAUUUUUGACUUCUUCUCCAGAACCACUGGGCCAAUUUCAACCAAACAUGGCCAAAAGCAUUCUUGGGUGAAGGGCUUUCAAUUUUGUUCAAAUGAAGGGCCAUGUUCCUUUCAAAGGGGAGAUAAUCACAAAAAUGCAAAAAUAGGGUGGGGUAAUUUAAAAAUCUUCUUCUCAAGAAUCACUGGGCGAGAAGAGCUGAAAUUUACCUGAAAGCUUCCUGACAUAUUGCAGAUUCAAUUUUGUUCAAAUUAUGGGCCCCUGGGGUUGGAUGGGGCCACAGUAGGGUAUCAAAGUUUUACAUACAAAUAUAUAGGAAAAAUCUUUAAAAAUCUUUUUCUCAAGAACCACGGAGCCAGAAAAGCUGAGAUUUACAUGAAAGCUUCCUGACAUAAUGCAGAUUCAAGUUUGUUCAAAUCAUGGGCUCUGGGGGUUGGAUGGGGCCACAAUAGGGGAUCAAAGUUUUACAUACAAAUAUAUAGGAAAAAUCUUUAAAAAUCUUCUUCUCGAGAACCACUGAGUCAGAAAAGCUGAUUUUUACAUGAAAACUUUCUGACAUAGUGCAGAGUCAAGUUUGUUCAAAUCAUGGCCCCCGGGGGUAGGAUGGGGCCACAAGGGGGAUCAAAGUUUUACAUACAAAUAUAUAGUUAAAAUCUUUUUCUCAAUAACCACUGAGUCAGAAAAGCUGAUAUUUACAAGAAAACUUUCUGACAUAGUGCAGAUUCAAGUUUGUUCAAAUCAUGGCCCCCGGGGCUUAGGAUGGGGCCACAAGUAGGGGGGGGGUGUCAAAGUUUUACAUACAAAUAUAGGAAAAAGCUUUAAAAAUCUUUUUCUCAAGAACCAUUGGGCCAAAGAAGUUGACAUUUACAUGAAAGCUUUCUGACAUAGUGUAGAUUCAAAUUUGCAAAGGUUAGUUUGGGCCAUAAUAGGGACUAAGGUUUUACAUGCAAAUAUAUAUGGAAAUUCUUCAGAUAUGGGCCAAGGUGACUCAGGUGAGCGAUGUGGCCCAUGGGCCUCUUGUUAUGUAGUAGUAUUAAAUUACAGUGGAAUCAUAAAAUGUAACGAGCGAACUAUUUGAACUAUUUUAAACUCAUCCCAUAAUAAAUAUUUUGGUAUCGUAAGUU